GCAGCUGUUGAAGUGAACUGAAGGAGUGUGAGCAGGAGUCAGUGAAUCAGCUCACCAGCCCGGAUAGAGCGGCAGUCACUCCGCGCAGAGUCUUCUCGGCCAAAGACGCUUUUACGCACCGGGGGAAACUACCUGAAAACGCAAAUGUUGGCACUGUGAGAACAAGGAUCCAGCCAACCCAAAUUCUCCUGGAAUAUUCAGUUUGAUUGUUGGCCACACAUUUUGAAAUUACCAGUGUAAAGCCAGAGGGCAUCUCCUCAGCAGAAUGAAGGGAUUUACACCUUUCUUCAACAUGACUCUUGUUGCGCUACUUGUCGCCACCGUCUCAGCGACCAAGUUAAAUGUCCCGCGGCUGAGACUGUCACACAAAGACCUGCUGUCCACCAACAGGUCGUCUAUCUUCAGCGGUCACCAUGGCCAGCUCUCUCUCACCGCCGUCUUCCUCGAUGAGUACCGUGACCGCCUCUUCCUGGGAGGCAAAGAUGUGCUGUACUCGCUCCUGCUGGGACCUGCCAGCAGCGAGUCCAAAGAGAUUUACUGGCCCCCGUUACCUGGCAACAGAGAGGACUGCAUUCAGACUGGGAAGGAACCACAGACGGAGUGUGCCAACUUUGUUCGCCUCCUGCAGCCCUACAACCGCACCCACCUCCUGGCCUGUGGCACGGGAGCCUUCCAGCCCAUGUGCGUCUUCAUCUACGUGGGGCACAGAGGAGAGCAUGUGUUCACCAUCGAUCCUACGGAUGUGGAGAACGGACGAGGGAAGGUUCCACAUGACCCCAGUCUCCCCUUCGCUAGCACCUUCAGUGGUGGGGAGUUGUAUACAGGACUGACGGCAGAUUUCCUGGGUAGAGACUCUGUGAUCUUCAGGAGUAUGGGAAGCCGCUCCACCAUGAGGACAGAGACCGACCAGAAGCUUCUCCACGACCCUAAGUUCAUCGCUGCCCACCUCAUCCCAGACAACGACGACAGAGACAACGACAAAGUGUAUUUCUUCUUCACUGAGAAGGCCACAGAGGCAGGGGACAGGGAGGGGGCCAUACACACACGUAUCGGACGAGUGUGUGCGAAUGAUGUUGGAGGCCAGAGAGUGCUGGUGAACAAGUGGAGUACCUUCAUCAAAGCCAGACUGGUCUGCUCCGUCCCAGGACCUCACGGCAUUGACACACACUUUAACCAACUCGAGGAUGUGUUCCUGCUGACGACCAAGGAUGAGAGGAACCCAGAUAUCUAUGCGAUCUUCAGCACCAUCAGUAAUGUGUUCCAGGGUUUCGCCGUGUGUGUGUACCGUAUGGCUGACAUCAGAGAAGCCUUCAACGGACCCUUCGCUCACAAAGAGGGCCCCGACUACCAGUGGGGGGCCUACGAAGGGAGGGUCCCUUAUCCAAGACCAGGCGUGUGCCCUAGUAAAAUCACCAACCAGCCAGGAAGAGAGUUUGGCAGCACAAAGGAUUUCCCCGAUUCAGUGCUGCAGUUUACUCGCAGCCACCCAUUGAUGUGGCGGCCGGUGUAUCCCGCUCUGCGCCAGCCUGUGCUCGUAAAGGCCAACACUCCUUACAAGCUGAAACAAAUCGUGGUGGACCGGGUCGAGGCGGAGGAUGGGCAGUAUGACGUUAUGUUCAUCGGCACAGACAUUGGCACAGUAUUGAAGGUCAUUGCCCUGCACAGUGGAAACAGUCUGGAGACAGAGGAGGUCACACUGGAGGAGCUUCAAGUCUUCAAAGUGCCAACUCCAAUUACAUCGAUGGACAUAUCCGUAAAAAGGCAAGCCCUGUUUGUGGGCUCUCCAGCAGGUGUGGCGCAGGUGAAGCUACAUCGCUGUGAGACAUAUGGGAAUGCCUGUGCCGAGUGCUGCCUGGCCAGAGACCCUUACUGCGCCUGGGAUGGAUCAUUGUGUGCACAGUACACGGCCAACAGCAAACGCCGCUACCGCAGACAAGACAUCAGGCAUGGAAACCCCGUGCUGCAGUGUGUGGAUCAGAAUCUGAGUGAAGACCUCGAUGUGACAGAAGACAGGGUGGUGUAUGGAACCGAGAACAACAGCACUUUCCUGGAGUGUGUUCCUCGCUCUCCACAAGCUACUGUUACCUGGCUUGUCCAACGGGACGACCGCAAGGAGGAGGUAAAGCUGGACGAACGUGUGAUGUCUACGGAGCAGGGUCUCCUGUUUCGCCGUGUCUUCAGCCAGGACGAAGGCAUGUACAUCUGCCGCUCCCGAGAACAUGGCUUCACCCAGACCCUAGCCCGCCUCACCCUCGAAGUCCUCCAGGGGGAGACUGUGGAUGAGCUCAUGGCGCGUGACUCCGACUCGUACAAAGACCGGUCGGCAGGAAGCUACAGGGCCUGGAUGCCUUGCAGCACAUACAGCAGGGGAGGCUCAUCAAGCCAAAUCGGCCAAUCGCGUACAUGGUUCAAGGAUAUCAUGCAGCUGAUCGGACCGUCGAACCUGCCGCACGUGGAGGAGUACUGCGAGAGGAUGUGGUGCAACGAAAAGCUGAAGAGGAAACACAAGAGCAUGCUGGAGAAACACCGCCAAGCGCAAGAGGGUGUCAGGAAGGCACGUAGCAAGAGCUCUGGAGAACGUAACCGGACGCCGAGGGAUCUCAGCGCAUGGGAGGAGUAACAGAGAGAAAGCGAGCGGGGGAAAAGGAGAGGAUGAAUGAAGAAAAAAGGGACAAAGAUUGCAGUAAAGGUGAAUUGAAUGAUGAAUUGGACAGCAAAGCAGUCAAGAUCAGCAUCAAUUCCUGAUAGUUGAAACCUUGGCAUUGGGGUUUGUGAGAAUAAGGUGGAUCAGAGUGCGUCUGCUUUGGCUAUUAAACCCAACAGAAUGUUUUUUAUGAUAUCGAUGUUAGUGUAGGUCAUGUACGAUUGUCUGGAAAGACGCCACAAAAAGAGACUGCUACUGAACUGAACCGGUUGUUGAUAUGAAGACGACACGAGAGACAAUCUUUCCAAUACACUUUUAAAAAAUCUUUAUUUCCAAGGACUCCUCCUGCUCUCACAAUUUUGCCCUUGUAUACUUUCACGAUUAAAAGUGACAGACACUGCUUUCAUUUCAUCAAGUCAUAUAAAGCCUUUACAAACCUCAGAUUUAAAAAAAAAAAACAACAUACUCAUGCCUGUGGACUCGACUCUGAUGAACAGUUUCUUUUGGCUUUUGACAAAGUGGGCUUCAAAAAGUGAGAAACAUUACAUUUACAUACUCUGUAUAAACUUUGUAUGUACUUUGGACUACAAAAAAGCAUGAGUGUCAGAUGCAGCUCUGACACACAUGGACGCAGACACUUACUUUCCAUUAUUUGUUGUCACAUUUCUCACAAUGCAAUCACACAAUCACUGGAUUCAUCUCCUUCUCUCUUGGUAUUUAACGGUCCAUGUUUCUUGCCUUGCUCUGCACUUGGCUUUUAAAAAUUGAAUUAUUCAUGUGUGACUUCAGCUCAAGAAAUAUCUGAGUUUGCAGUGUAUUUAUAAAAGGCAUAUACAACUAAUGCGACCAAGCAUAGACACUUUGCCGCAUUUCCAAUGCAUGGUACAUCACGGCUCGGCUCCAUUUGCUUGGAACCGUGGAGUUAAAACUCUGCAGAGGAUCGUCACUAUGGAGGUGAUGUCUCUUCAUUGUCACGCGUCUUCGGUAUGACAAUCAUCUUAAAAUCCCGCCUAGACUGAAGGGGUACUAUCUGCAGAGGAACAUUUAAUUGAAAAAAGCACCUGGUACCAAAAGUGAGUGGAGUCGAGACUAACCAUGCAGUGGAAAUAAGGCAUUUAUGUAUCCAGAUCUCGCCACUGUACAUGCACACACAGACACACACACACACACACACACACACACACACACACACACACACACACACACACACACUUACAUAACCUGAAAUCCCACUCAUCCAUCACACUGAAUGCAUAAACUCAACUAGCUCAAACUGGAAGCUAUCAAGAAACGACUGUUGAUGGUUCAACAGAUUAAAGGCACAUUGCUUUAUUUUUACUGCUGUGGGUUGAACCUUCCAUUAAACACCAUCUACAGAUCAAGAUCCCCUCUCACCGACCCUUAAAGGAAUAUUUCACAGCAGCUUACUUUCAUGCUUUUGGGCACAUAGCGUAACACCUCCUGGAAUGUGCCUAAUGGCCACAGUCACUCGCUGAUAUUUGCCUCCAUGGGGAUCCUUAUGCACCUCAACUCAAUGGAAAACUAAGUAUGCGACUUCAACAGCAAGUAGGACUGCAAAUAAUGAUUAUUUUCAAAUAUUGAGUUCAUUCAUUUUUCAUUACUUGAGCAACUGUUCCAAUAAUCCAAAAAAAUAACGACCUCUCUGACGUAGCCUCACCUCACACUUCAAUCAUCCACUAAACUAAUUUUCCCACAGUUCCUCUGUGUGCUGUAGCUCUAUAGUGACAAUAGAGGAAACAAUAGAAGGGGUCAGCUGUCAUGGCCGACUUCUCUUGUGCUUUCUGCUUUGUAAACACUGGUUUUUUGACGGUUCAUGGUUUGAACACAUGAUAAUCUACAUUGUUAUUGUCUUUAGGUUUGUUGUUAAAAUAUAACUAUUACGGUAACUGAAUCCAAAAAAGGUUUUCUUUCCAGAGGGCCUUGAAUGGUGAAGUGAGCAAUGUAACUUAGUCAAAUUGAUGUGGAGGUCAGGACGGCAGGCUGAGGAGAAUGAAUGCCAAGCUUCUGGUUCAGUGAGGGCUUUGUGUGGAUCGGAGUGAGAUCUUCAGUAAGAAAUAUACAAAUAAUCAUAAACUGAAUUUUUUUUCUUCUGUUUUUGGAAAAGAAUAAACUGAGUUUCAAGAGUUUCUUUCAAAAGUAUCAGCCAUGUAACAAUUAGAAUAGAAUACAAUAAUGGAGGCUUUGGAGUUGCAUUAAUUGUUUAAUAACCUCCUCUGGCCCCAUCAUGGAGGUCCAGUGUCGAGCUGUGGUUACAUAUAGUGCACCAAACAAGCAAUGAUAAAGAUGUGCCUGUAAUGUGUCUGUAGUUAAAGGUUUCCUGAUAAAAUACUUCACAUUUAUUUCAUCUUGCACCUUUAAUCUUUGUCCAAGUACAAGUCUGUGUACGUAAGAAAUCCAAACUGAUAUUGCAUUGUACUGCGAUCAAUCAAAUGUUGGUGGUCAAGUGGGGAAAUCUUUAGCUUCCAAUUAUGAACUGUACAAAAGUGAAGCUGCUUAUUGGAUUAAUUUAAAGACACAUUUGGAAACACAAUCAGCUGUUCACUAAAAGCUUGCUGUUGCCAAAGAACUGAGCACCUCCAAUAUGGCCGCCGGAGGGUGAAAUCCCUGUAAUAUGAGUACAUAUGGAGUGAAGUAUAGAUAUUUUGGGAGCCUUCUCACUGUUUAAAAUUAGCCAUCAACAUCAACACCAGUGAACCUGGUGACCUUUUUGUAACCUUCAUGGCGUGUGAAUGGUCUCUGAGAGGACAAAUAAUAAGAGAGGAGUGAACAUUGGGAGAAGAGAGGAGAGAGAUUAGAAAAAUAAGGUACUAUAAGAAUCUUGUGAAGGCAGUCUUCGCAAUAUAUAAAAAUCUUAAUAUCUAUUAAAAACCUAUUUCAUUAGUAUGAAGUGAGUAUUUCAAAAAGUAGACCUAACAUAUUUUCAUCUCCAGUUCGUACAGCACACUCAAGCACACAUUUUAUUCUUGAAAUGUUUAUUUUCUUAGUUUGAGGAUUGUGAGACCGGCUAUUAGACUCCACUUAUGGUGUUUUCUUUAAAAAUAUUUGCUUCUGAUGUAUAUCUUAUCUGAAAGACAACAUUAGAGUGACAGGAAGAUGGUAUGCAUGAAACAAAGAGACAGUUGGCAGGGUAAUAAAGUGUUGAAAAUGAUUUUAUCUUGUAAAUAACCUCCUCAAAAGUUCAUUUUCUCAAAGAAUUGUCACUUAAAUUUUAUAUUUAAUCUUGUCAUGUUUUUGUGGAAACAGCUACACAAUUGCUUUGUCUGGUCUGUUGCGGUCUAUGAAGAUGAUGACGUUCUCUCUUGUUGUGGUGACAUCGUUUUGCUUCUGUGAGCCCAUCAUGACUCUGCAUUACUGUCAUCAGAAAAU